AUGAUUCUGUUUUUUACAAAUCAUCUAACCCUUCUGACGUCUACAUCAGAUGGUUUUGUUUAUCCACAACCUAAUUCAAUACUUGAUCGGCUUUGUUUACAUAUUUUACCUGAAAUUCAUCAAAAAAUCCAAUGGUUUGAUCUUGAAUCACGAUCAAUGAAACGUAUUCUUCUUGCAACACCUUAUCCUAAUUUAUAUAGAAUUAGUUUGUAUAAUAUUCAAACAGAAACAGCUAGAGGUCUUUUUACUGUUGCAGGUAAUUUUGUAUUGAUUUGUCAAGAUGAUGAGAAGAAGUUUGUUAUCGAAGAUAUCAUUUUCCAUGAAAGAUAA